UUUGGGGUGGUUUUGAUGCCAAAAUGCCAACUCUAGAUGACAUUUUAGAGCACAUUGGAGAAUUUGACAGGUUCCAGAAGCAAACCUUCUUUGUCCUGUGUUUGCUGUCUGCUGCCUUCACCCCUGUCUACGUGGGGGUCGUAUUCUUAGGGUUUAUCCCUGAGCAUCGCUGCUUCAGUCCUGGGGUGGGCGAGCUGAGCCAGCGGUGCGGCUGGAGCCUGGAGGAGCAGCUGAAUCACACCGUUCCCGAGUGGAGCUCCCACGAGGCCAGCUACAGCAGCCGCUGCAGGAGGUACGAGGUGGACUGGAAUGAGACGGGCAUCAGCUGCACGGACCCCCUCGGCAGCCUCAGAGGCAACAGGAGCGCUGUGCCCCUCGGCCCCUGCCGGGAUGGCUGGGUCUACGAUUCUCCAGGGACCUCUCUGGUGACCGAGUUUAACCUGGUGUGUGAGGACUCCUGGAAGCUGGACCUCUUCCAGGCUUCUGUGAAUGCUGGGUUUUUUAUUGGCUCCAUAAACAUUGGCUACAUAGCAGACAGGUUUGGACGUAAAUUUUGCCUCUUAACUACAAUUCUUGCCAACGUUGUCUGUGGAGUCCUUCUGGUCUUCGUGCCCACCUAUCUGUGGCUGGUUAUCCUUCGCUUCUUGCAAGGGCUGGUCAGCAAGGGCUGCUGGACUGCAGGCUACAUCCUGGUGACAGAAGUCGUUGGUCCAAAGUACCGGCGGACAACGGGCAUCCUCUACCAGACUGCCUUCUCUGUUGGGCUCCUGGUCCUUGAUGCCAUUGCUUAUGCCAUCCCUCACUGGCGAUGGCUGCAGCUCACUGUCACCAUGCCAAGCUGCUUCUUCCUGCUCUACUAUUGGUGCCUCCCAGAGUCCCCCAGGUGGCUGAUAUCCCAGGGGAAAAACGAAAAGGCUAUGAAAGUCGUCAGUGCGAUGGCCAAAAAGAAUCGGAAGAAGAUGCCCUCCCACUUUGAGGAUGUUAAGUUUGAAGAGGAAGACAGCGGAAAGCAGAAUCCUUCACUCAUUGACCUUGUUAGGACGCCACAGAUGAGGAAAAAUACAUUCAUUCUGAUGUACAACUGGUUCACAAGCUCUGUCGUCUACCAAGGGCUCAUCAUGCACAUGGGAGUAGCUGGUGGGAACAUGUACCUGGAUUUCCUCUAUUCCGCACUUGUCGAGUUCCCAGCUGCCUUCCUUAUCAUUGUCACCAUUGACCGCGUUGGUCGCCGUUACCCCUGGGCUCUGGCAAACCUGCUAACUGGGGCAGCUUGCAUUGUCACUGCCCUCAUACCAGAUGACAUACACUGGCUCAAGGUGACUGCAGCUUGCAUCGGGAGAAUGGGAAUCACAAUGUCUUUUGAGAUGGUUUGCUUUGUGAACACUGAGCUGUACCCAACAUACAUCAGGAACCUUGGGGUGAUGGUGUGCUCCUCCUUGUGUGACAUCGGCGGUGUCAUCGCCCCCUUCAUUGUCUACAGGCUGGUGGAAGUCUGGCACGAUCUGCCGCUGGUCGUCUUCGCUGUCAUUGGGCUGAUUGCGGGUGGAUUGGUGCUGCUUCUGCCUGAAACUAAAGGAAGAAUUUUGCCUGAGACUGUUGAAGAUAUUGAAAACUUUCACAGGCAAAGGGCUCCAAAGACAAAACAAAUCUAUCUUCAUGUCCAAACAUCAGAAGCAGCACACGACUGAAGAAGACAUAGCUCUUUCUGGACAGUCUGCUUUAGGGGGCUGAUGUGGAAGACAGUUUGGAAUAAAUACACUUUCAAGAGUCUUGCCUUUUU